UCCGCCCAGUGGUUGCCAGGCUACGCCUCCCAGGGCCUCAGCGUGUGGCGGAGUUGAGAGAGCGCCUUGAUCCCUCAGAGAGCAGCUUUACAGUCGGGCCUCUAGGCAUGGCCUCGCUACGUACCGCCGACCCCGCGCUGAGGAACUACUUCAAGAAGCACUGCAUUCCUCAGGUCUGCGAGGUACUGGAGCCAAGUAGUUGCGGACGCACGUCGAGUGUGGGGAGGUCGAAGCGGGAAGCGUCACGGAAGAUUUCCCUGAGCAGGAGCUUGGACCGGAGAAGCCCUAGGGAGCUGGCGUGGACACCCCAAACGCCAGCUUCUAAGGCACUUUUAUGUGGUGUAAUUAUUAACCGCCCCAUGGAUCCACUGAAAUAUUUAGAGGAAAUGAUCAUGGUUAUCAUUGAAAAUGGCCUGGAAAGUCUUCUUUGGGAUAUGUGCAUUGAUCCAUCAUUGAAACCAAAAAUUCGAAGAUUGUCUGAAACUUACCUUGAACAACUUUUUGGACUGGAUGAUCAGCUGGUGACUCCAGAACUGAUGGUAAAAGCGUGUACCUUUUACACUGGACAUUUAGUAAAAACUCAUUUUUGCAUAUGGAGAGACACAGCAAUACCUCGUGUAAGUGAAGAAGACAUCCUGGCUGAAAAAAUGAAAACAGCAAUAACAUAUUAUAAUUCUAGCCUUCAGAAAUCUUUAUUUCAUCAAUGGUACUCUUAUGUAAAAAAGCAAAAAGAAAAAAUUGAUGGUGCAGUUCUGGGGGUGCAACACAUACUCCAUUACAGUAAGCUAAAAAUGAUCCUAAAAAAAUGGAAGGAACAAGCAAGAAAAAAAUAUAAAAAGAGAGAACAUGACCUGAUAUUAAAACAUGAACUUCAACUGAGAAAAUGGAGAAGUCAGUUAAAAUUGAAAACAACUGAAGAAACUUCAGAGGAAGAAGAGGAAGAAGAAUCUGUUUCUCUUGAGCGAAGUUUAUCUGAAGUCAGCCUUGCACCUGACACUUCCCAGUGUGAUAUUUCACUAUUGCCUGAAAGAGCAGUGUUACAGAUUUUCUUGUACCUCAGUUUAAGAGAUGUGAUAACAUGUGGUCAAGUUAACCACUCCUGGAUGUCAAUGACACAAAUGAACUUGCUGUGGAAUGCGAUUGACUUUUCCACAGUGAAAAGUGUGAUUACAGAUAGAUACAUAGUGUCGACUUUGCAAAGGUGGCGUUUAAAUGUGCUGCAUUUGAAUUUUCGUGGUUGUGUUCUCCGACCAAAAACUUUGAAAUCUGUCAGCCACUGUAAAAACUUGCAAGAGUUGAAUGUGUCUGACUGCCCAACACUCACAGAUGAGUUAAUGAGACACAUUUCCGAAGGCUGCCCUGGAAUCCUGUAUCUCAAUCUCUCUAACACGGCCAUCACCAAUAGGACAUUGCGACUCCUGCCCAGGUACUUCCACAACUUACAGAGUCUCAGCUUGGCUUACUGCAGAAAGUUCACAGACAAAGGUUUACAGUACCUGAACUUGGGGAACGGAUGCCACAAGCUCAUCUACCUGGACCUUUCCGGCUGCACCCAGAUUUCAGUCCAAGGCUUCAAGAACAUUGCAAACAGCUGCAGUGGGAUCAUCCACAUGACCAUGAAUGAUAUGCCCACCCUGACGGACAACUGUGUGAAAGCUUUAGUGGAGAAGUGCCAGUGUAUUACAUCAGUGGUUUUCAUUGGUUCACCACAUAUCUCUGAUUGUGCUUUCAAUGCUCUUUCUACGUGUAGCCUCAGGAAGAUCCGAUUUGAAGGAAAUAAAAGGAUCACUGAUGCAUCUUUCAAAUUUAUAGAAAAGAAUUAUCCAAAUAUCAGUCACAUUUACAUGGCCGACUGCAAGGGAAUAACAGAUGGUACCCUCACGUCACUUUCACCAUUGAAGCAACUGACCGUGUUGAAUUUGGCAAACUGUAUAAGGAUUGGUGAUAUGGGACUAAAGCAAUUUCUUGAUGGUCCUUCGAGUAUCAAGAUAAGAGAGCUCAAUUUAAGUAACUGUGUGCACCUGAGUGAUGUCUCUCUUGUGAAACUCUCAGAGCGCUGCUCGAAUUUGAACUACUUGAGCUUACGAAAUUGUGAACAUUUGACUGACCAAGGAGUUGAAUAUAUUGUAAACCUCUUUUCCUUGGUAUCACUAGAUCUCUCUGGAACAGUCAUUUCUAAUGAGGGAUUGAUAGCACUUUCCAGACAUAAGAAACUGAAGGAACUUUCUUUAUCUGACUGUUGUAAAAUCACCAAUGUUGGAAUUGAGGCAUUCUGCAAGAGCUCGAUGAUCUUGGAGCACCUGGAUGUCUCGUACUGUCCCCAGCUGUCUGAUGAGAUUAUUAAAGCGCUGGCCAUCUACUGCAUUAGUCUCACAUCUCUCAGCAUCGCAGGCUGUCCACAGUUUACAGACUCAGCGAUAGAGUUGUUGUCGGCAAAAUGCCAUUACCUGCACAUUUUGGACAUCUCUGGUUGCAUCCUGCUUACUGACCAAAUCCUCAAGGACCUCCAGAGGGGCUGCAAACAACUCCAGAUCCUCAAGAUGCAAUACUGCAGACAGAUUUCCAUGGAGGAGGCUCACAGAAUGGCAUCGGUCGUUCAGCAGCAGGAGUACAGCUCUGAUGACCCUCCACCCUGGUUCAGGUAUGACUGGGAAGGCAAGCCGCUGCCAGACAAUCAGAGCCCAACAGCACCCAAGGACGACGCAGACUUCACGGCAGAAGAGUCACUGCAGGGUGAUGCAAAGGAAGCAGUACGACUCAGCCUCAGGCAGGAAAACCAAAACAUCUAGAGCGUGGCAACUUUUCUUCAUUUGAUAAUACACUAACCAUGUGUCUCACUCUCUGAAGCUAUGAAGCCACCUGAAAACAUUCUAAGGCUGAAGUCGAGUAUGCACCUGUAGUUUCUAAAACAUCUUGCCAGGUCCCCUGUGUCCUCCCUGAUUCUCACAGAAGCCUUGGAAGCAACAAGCUGAAGGUGGCAACAUCACCUUUAGGGAAGGAGCCGAGUGUCUGAAUGUCUCCAAGGAGCUGAGCUGAGGACAAACCGACGUCCAAGCUGUUAGUGCCGAGGGCUUAUACAGGGCAUCUGGUCAUGAGCGAAACACAGACAAGAAAGGGAUUGUGUGCACUUUCUUAUUUUCAUGGAAACCUUAGAAGCCAUACACUUAAGAUAAGAGCACUGCUUUUAUGGAAGGAGUCUAGUCUCUGAAUGCUACCAUGGGGCUGCGCCCAAACUCUAUGAAACAUCUGCCUUCUGUGCCAGAUGUCAUGAAGCAGAAGGCAUUAAUAAAUGGCCCUGAAAUUCAAGGAGAAAACAAUAUAGAGCACAGCUGAAGCAAGGCAUCUAGAGCAGGAAGCCCUCAAAGUGAUGCUGGAAUUUCCUGUUGCAAUCAGGAAGCUCAACAUGGCUGUGUGAUUUAAUGCUGUUUAAUAGCAUCUCCUACAGUCAAGAAAUCAGGACCAAAUCCUUUGUACUUUGAUAACCAGCUUGUAGUUGAGAGUAAACAAUGAGACAUUUCUAAGCCUUGCUUUCCUCAUCUAUAAAUAGCCACUGUCCACUAGAGAAAGGGCCUUGCUAAUUUAGGCAAUCAUGACAUGUCUGCUUGCCAACAACCACCCACCUACGGGCACUAGGGCUCCACAUUCAUGUACUUAACUAAAAUCUAUGAUAAAAGAUGCUAUAGUCAUGUAAAAACAUCUAUAUGUUGGAUUUUUCCAACUCUUAUCUGGGAAAAAAAAUAAUCGCUUUAAGACUCGAUUAAGAAAAAACAGCCAAAUUAAAUAAAUCCUAAACAAGCAGGACUUACAAUGAGUAUAUUCUCCAAGUUGGUUUUCUAUAAGCCAGACAUUCAGAAGUAGCAGGACAUUUUCCCAUAACACAACUUUUAAGAUUCUGAGCCAGCUUGUUUAAAUAUACCUAACUUGUGUUUCAUGGUAUAACCAGAGAACAGAGAACUCACUGAAUUACUAUUCAAGAGUUCCCACCUGGGAGGGUCCUUGGAGAAAAGCCCUUCCUUACUAACCCCAGUAGCUACAGAAACAGACUUCCUUUCACGUGCCAUGAUCUAAUGUUCUUACCUACCACCAUGCAGAGCCAAAACUUUGCCUGUUCUUUUGCACCAUCUCACCCCCAAUUUCAGACUUUGCUAGCACGUUCACAUCAUCCUUUAGCACAAGGGCAAACAACUGAACAGCAUGCAAGUCUUUUUAGAGCAGCUGAUCAAACUGUCUCCUCCCCUACUCCUGCUCACUGCUGUGCUUGUACUGGAAAAGGAGCUUCAGGAACAGUUAAGAGGGCACUGCGUGAGGCAGGGUGACAGUGGACCUGAGAUGAGGGUUCCAAUAGAGCAAUAGUGACUGAGGAAAUAAGAAAGGAAGGACAUUCAAGCCUUCUGCUAGGCUGUGUGUCCUUUAAGGACAGAUACCAUCACCUGUUCAACUCUGCAAAUCUGGCACACAGUGGGUGGUCCAUAAUGUGUUGAAAGAAUGGUAAAUGUGACUGACUCUCCUCCUGUAAGUUGUGGGUGUUGGGUAUUUUUGUCCCAGUGAUGGGAAAGUGACUAAGAGACCAGGCUUUGUAAUGCCACCUAGUAAUUUGUGUUCAUCACUACAAUCGGGGAGGGGGGCUGUCAAUGUGCAUCGAUACCCACGUUCAGCUUUAUUGCAGAAGUAAAAUGAGUGGGCCAUACAUGGAAAAAGAUCAAGGCUGUACUUCCUGGAAUAUGACCCAAGAGGUAUUUAGCAGAUAUGCAUAUACUAUAAUUCUUCCCAGGAUAAGUGACUCUUUAUUCUAUCUGAAUAUACUUCAGAAAACACACCUAGAUUUGAAUUAUCUGCUCCGCGGAAAUGUAGGCAGCAGGCUGAGCGGCCCUGAACACCAGCAAUCCCUGGCCAUAGUACCUCACCACUGUGCCCUCUCCUUUUCUUUCAGUAACUCACACAGCAUAUCAUAUUGCUUAUCUGCACACACGUUUUAGAAAUCACAAGAGGAUCCUUCAUUUAAGAAAAACAACUGAAAAUGGUGGUGCCAAGAGGACUCGGGGCCAAUACAAACACACAGAAAGCAUUUUAGCCAAAAUUAGUGUCACUCAGUUAUUAGAAUUAGAUUCCCCUGAAAUGAUUCAUUAAUUCAACCUUUUGCUCUCUAACCCUAACAUGCAAGCAACUACUCCAAAGCGACCUUUAAUACUGCUUUUAUUUCAUCUCCUGUAUAUAUUUCCUCAUUCUUCACUUCCUAUUAUAAGAGUUUGCAUUAAAAAAUCAGAAUAACGACUAGCUUCAUAUAGCAUGACACAAACUAUUGUCAAAAUUAAAUUAGUUUACAAGUCAUUUCAUUUUAAUUUUUUAGCAUGGCUAGUCUUCAAUUAAUUAUUUAGAAGGCCAAUUUCCUGCUCCUUCAACUACAGUCAUCUCUUAAAAUUUAUACUAUGUGGAAAGUCUGAAAUUAUUAGGUCAUUUUACUUACCA